AUGCUCUUCCAGCUCAACAUGCUGUGGGGUGGUCUCCUCCUCAUGGUUGCCACCAUGUCCGUGACUCAACAGACAAGGCAGGAAGCGAAUAGCGACCACGAGACACUUGUAGUCCAGCACGGCCACUGUCGCUACACCUUCUUGCUACCCAAGUCCGAGCCCUGCCCUCCAGGGCCUGAGCCCUCUGGGGACUCCAGCAGUUUCCAAAGGGACCCCCUGGCCACCCCACUGCACCCAGGGAAGUUACCCACCCAACGGGUGAAACGGCUGGAGCAGGCGCUGCAGAACAACACGCAGUGGCUGGAGAAGCUAGAGAGGACCAUCAAGACGCGCUUGAGGUUGGAGCUGGUGGAGGCCCAGCAGCAAAUGGUCCAGAAUCAGACAGCUCCCCUGCUGAAGCUGGACACCAGCUUCCUGAACCAGACCGCUAUCCAGACCCGCAAGCUGACGGACAUGGAGGCUCAGUUCCUGAGCCAGACAUCAAGAAUGGACGCCCAGAUGCUGGAGACCUUCCUGUCCACCACCAAGCUGGAGGACCAGCUGCUGUUGCAGAGGCAGAAGCUCCAGCAGCUUCAGGCCCAAAACAGCACGCUAGAAGCGCGGUUGCAGGCCCUGGAAAUGAAGCAGCAGGAGGAGCUGGCCAGCCUCCUCAGCAAGAAGGAGCAGCUGCUGGAUGCGCUGAGCCGCCAGAGCACCGCCCUCACCAACAUCGAGCGCGGCCUGCAAGGUCUCAGGCACAACUCCAGCCUCCUGCAGGAACAACAGCACCAACUGCGCCAGCAGCUGGCAGUGUGGCGGGACCGGAUGCAAGAAAGGGCUAAGGCCUUGGCCCCGGGUGAGCAGGUGUUCCAGGACUGUGCAGAGAUCCAGCGCUCUGGGGCCAAUGCCAGUGAUGUCUACACCAUCCAGGUGUCCAAUGCAGCAAAGCCCAGGAAGGUGUUCUGUGACCUGCAGAGCAGUGGAGGCAGGUGGACCAUCAUCCAGCGCCGUGAGAAUGGCACCGUGAAUUUCCAGCGGAACUGGAAGGAUUACAAACAGGGCUUCGGAGAUCCAGCUGGGGAGCACUGGCUUGGCAAUGAGGUGGUGUACCAGCUCACCAGCAGGGCACCCUACUCUCUGCGUGUGGAGCUGCAAGACUGGGAAGGCCACAAGACCUAUGCCCAGUAUGAGCAUUUCCAGCUGGGCAGUGAGGGCCAGCUGUACAGGCUUUCUCUGGGCGGGUACCACGGCUCAGCAGGGCGCCAGAGCAGCAUGGUUCUGCAAAACACCAGCUUUAGCACCUUUGACUCAGACAACGAUAACUGCCUCUGCAAGUGUGCCCAGGUGAUGUCUGGAGGGUGGUGGUUUGAUGCCUGUGGCCUGUCGAACCUCAAUGGCAUCUACUACCGCGCUCCCAAUAACAAGCACAAGAUGGACGGCAUCCGCUGGCACUACUUCAAGGGCCCCAGCUACUCACUGCGUGCCUCCCGCCUGAUGAUACGGCCCUCGGGCAUCUAAUGAGCAGCCAUGCCAGAGGCUGGACCACGCAUGAGGAGCUCGGACUUGGCACUCCCGGACAACCUGGACCCAGAUGCAGGACCCUGUGCCACCAUCUUCCUUGACCUCUGGGGUCUCCUGAGCCAGCCCUCCUUCCCCCAGAAGUCCAGAAGGGUCAUCUGCCUCCCUACUCCCCUCCGUGUGUGACAUGGAGGGUGUUCCGGGGCCCAUCCCUCUGGUUAGGUCUCGCUCCUCUUCUCUCCUGCCUCCUGCAGGGGCUCCCUGCCACCUAGAGGGUCACA